UUUGAUGUAGAAAGUGCAUCGAUUAUCGUAACAUAUUAUGACAAAGUACUCUUUGAAGAAAGUGAAGGGGAAGAGAAAUCGGAUGUAACAUUCCAAGCAGAAGCUGAAAAAGUUUUGGCUGUACCGUAUGAACUAGCAAGUGGGCUUAUCUCAUGCACUGUUGCUACAAAUACUUCUAAACACUCGGUGUCUAUUGACUUUUCGAUGGAAGUAACAACGGCCCUACUACAGACUGCUAACGAAGACGAUACUCUUUAUUAUAAGCAACAUGCGGUGUGUGGGUUCUGGGACGAGGAUGACAGAGAAUGGGCUACAUUGGGAUGUGAACGCUCUGACAUUACUGAUUAUUUGUCACCAAUCUACUGUCGCUGUGCACAUACGACCACAUUCGGCAUCUUUCUACCAGCAGAGAAGUACAGCAAUUUCGAUUACAAACUUCUUGCAGAACGUAUUGGAAUUUACUUCAUUUGUCUAAUUUCAAUAAUUUCUCUAGUAUAUGUCAUGAGAGCUAUACAUUUAAUUUGGGGAUUGUUCAAAGGACCGCUGACUAUAUUUAUCCAUUCGAACUUGUUGGUUGGAUCACUGCUUUUGACGUUAGUGUUUAUUGUCAGUUCAGAGACAAUGGAUUUUGACAUUUUGUGUACUACAUUCGGUGUACUGGUACAUUUUUUCUAUAUGUCUCUUCUAACUUGGUUGAUUGUUGAAUGCAUAUACCUGUACAUGUUGAAGACUAAAAUUCGCAUAGAAGGCAGCAGCAUAUCUAAAAAACCAGGCUACUUUAUUUGUGGAUGGGGAGGCGCUGCAUCUAUUGCUGCUUUAUUUUUUGGUAUUCAUUAUGGGUAUAGCGGUCAGAGUGGAUGCUGGUUAAGGUUCGAGACUGGAAGUCUAGUAGCAUUCAUAUUUCCAGCUAUGGCCCUAAUUCUGAUUCGGAUUGUAUUAAUAGUUUUUAUGUUAACGAAAGAAAUAAAAGGAAAGAAACGACAAGAAUAUAUUACAGCUCAAAUAAGACGCUGUAUUGGAUGCAGUUGUUUUCUGACUCCUUUAUUUAUCCUUACUUGGGUUUUUGCGUUAAUGGUGGAUGAGCAGUAUAUAUUCUGGUUGAUGUUUUAUAUUCUCUUUUCGUUGAAUGGCGUAUUUGUCGCCCUCUAUUGUUACUGUUCAUUUGAGAUGAGUGAAAUUCGGCGUCACGAUCGGUCAUUGUCUUCGCAAUCACUGACUCGCUCGUCAACAUCUGUUGACAAAAUGGAUGACCCGAUAGUAUUGGCUUUAGACACUGAAAGUUGCGUACAGGUGGCAGGAGAGCAGCCAGGGUCUAAAACUGACUUAGUUAUGGAUAUUAACAGUUGUGUGGAAGCUGGUGAGGUUCAGUCAAAUGCAGAGGAAGAAAACCAGAAUGAAUCUGAUGAAUCAGAGGUUUCAUCAGAUACGGAGUCAGAACCAUCUAGUGACGAUGGCAGCGAGACGUCUGAUGAAGGUUCACAACAUUCUGCAGAGUCAGAUAAAGAAGGUUCCAACGAUAAAGAAAAAGAGGAUUCCGAUAAUGAAAAGAGUGAAAAAGAAGAAAGCGAUGCUUAUGAUAGCGAUGACGCUUGCUUUGGUAAAUAAUAAGCUGUUAACUUGGAACAAGGGUUAAGAACUUUGCGGAGCUCAUGGUAGUAAGGAUGCUCAGCCAACAAUAGGAUUAUGGUUUUAAAUCCAGCAACAAUCUGGAUUUGCUUGUGACUAAUGGUAUAACAUCUACUGUAUACUAUUGCAUUCAAUCAGUCUUGCAAGGAAAUGGCCAGUGGAUUCUUAUAUAUGAUAGUGCACUUGAUAGCGCAACAAUGUGCACAUACAUAAUGUAUUUAAAUUGUAGUUACAGGUUGCACAAUAUGUACAUGUAUAUAAUAAUUUAUGUUCGUUUAAAUACUGAAGUUAGUGUUUAUAUUAGGCUAAUUAUAUUUUAUGACAAGAUGAGACAAAAUAAUGAUAUGAAGGUCAUUAUUGCUAAAGGUUUUUCACAGUUACUUCAUCAUGCUUAGAAAUGAGAAAAUCCUUUUUGUAAUAGUGUAACUAUGAACAAGGACAGAACAUGAUGUAAAAAAAAAACAAUAUCUCAUAACAUUUCUCCGAGUGUAUUUUAUAAUUUUUAAUAAUUAUACUUCGUAUAGAAUCUAAGUAACCUUAAGUACAAAAGGGAAUGUUUUAUUUAAUGUUGAGUUCUUUUAUCAAUUGGUAAAGCCAGGAGACUAGGGAUGAUAAUUGGUAGAGAAACUCAAUUAAAAAUAAGCACAAAAUCGGCCAUGCAAGGCCCCUUAAUGAAAAGAACGUGUAAAAAUAUGCUUUUAAAAUGUCACAAAUUCUGUGUCUUUGAACCAUUGCUUUAUACGCCACUGAAAUGUACACUUUACCAGUACCUUUUAUCUACUCUUCUUAAAAGAUGAUGCAUUAAUAAUAGGUAGCCCAUUAUUAUUAUUAAAUUUCAUAUUGCAUUGUUUACACAUAUUUUAGUCAAUAUAUUUUUACCUUAGUUUAGAUCCUCACCAUUAUAGACCUUUAUUAGACCAUAAUAAAGCUUUAUUAGAUCAUAAUAGACCUUUUCACAGAGACAAACUAACAACUGACCAAUCAGAAUAGGGCAGAAAUAUGCGCUUUUCCAACAACAAACGUGUUGCCCCACAAACACACACAUUUACGUACGUUUACGCUGUCGGUUUUAAUUAGCUCAACCCGCCCACGAUAAACUAAUGUUACAUUAUCUCACUAUAUUAAUUGGAUUAACACAUUAUCAAGGAUAAGUACUGAGAGUUUAACACUGGUGUCCUUAGAUUCAAUUAUAGGUAAACGGAUUAGUUGCCUUUUUUAUGAGGUUUUAAUUGUUCUUUACCGCCGAAAGUGCGGUAUUCUAACGUUAGUUUAAGGAGGGCUGGUCGGCCUAAUGUUUGGUAUCCUAGGGAUAUCCAAUUGGCUUUAAACCUUAGUAUUUUGUUUUAUAUUACUCUCUGUAUUUCAAAAACAAUGUUCAUAUGAUACAAAGCCUAUAAAUGAAAGUGAAAAUGUAAAAAUAACCAGCUCUAAUG